AGUCUUUUGUGACUCUAGCCACAAAUGACUCCUAUGUGAAAGGAGCACUGGUACUUGGCUCAUCCUUGCAACAGUACAGAACAACAAGGAAGCUGACUGCGCUCAUAACUCCUCAGGUCUCAGAUCCUAUGAGGAGAGUGCUGGAAACAGUUUUUGAUGAAGUCGUAUUGGUGAAUGUCUUGGAUAGUGGGGACUCGGCACACUUGGCGUUAAUGAAAAGGCCUGAGCUGGGUGUCACACUAACAAAGCUUCACUGCUGGGAACUGACACAGUUUUCAAAAUGCGUUUUCAUGGAUGCAGACACAAUGGUUUUGUCAAAUAUUGAUGAGCUUUUUGAGAGAGAAGAGCUUUCUGCAGCACCAGAUCCAGGCUGGCCUGACUGUUUUAAUUCUGGAGUUUUUGUUUACCGACCUUCUAUUGAAACAUACAAUCAGCUGUUACAGUUUGCCACAGAGAAUGGCAGCUUUGAUGGUGCAGAUCAGGGGUUAUUAAACACCUUUUUCAGCAGCUGGGCAACAACAGACAUGAGCAAACAUCUACCAUUUAUUUAUAAUUUGAGCAGCACUUCUGUAUAUUCCUACCUUCCAGCAUUUAAAGCGUUUGGUGCAAAUACUAAAGUGGUGCAUUUCCUGGGAAGCACAAAACCAUGGAAUUACACAUAUGACUCCAGAACAAAAAGCAUAAAAGGCAACAUGGAUGACCCUAAAAUAGUUCACCCAGAAUUCCUCGACAUGUGGUGGGACACCUAUACAGCUAAUGUUUUACCAUUACUAGAACAGCAUGGAAUUGUUAAAGAAAGUAUUACAGGUGUAAACAUGCUAUCGGGCUUGGUCUAUACUCUGGCUUUCUCUUGUGGCUUCUGUAGAGAGGCAGAGGUUUCAGAGGCAAUGUCCCACAUAUCAAUAUCAGCAUCAUCACCAGCACUACCAACCGUAUCUUCAGAAGAACGCAAGGAACGAUGGGAACAAGGCCAAGCUGACUAUUUGGGAGUGGAUUCCUUUGACAACAUUAAGAAGAAACUCGAUACCUACCUUCAGUAGAAAUGCCUGUCUCAGACAGUGGUGAUGCAAGGACUUGUUCCAGAACUAACAGCUAGAAAGGUGUAGAUGGUGGUCAGUACACUUGCUAGUAGCUUGAUGAAAAACUUCUUGGCUGAAGGCCUCUGCAGUGCUACAGAUGAAGAAUGAGCAAAAGCUAGGAAGCAGAAUUCCUUGGGCCACCUAUUACUGCCCAAUUUCCAAUUCUCCCUACUAGAUAAAACCAGGUAUUUUCAGCUUAAAUUUUCUUCUGUUGUGAUCAAUUGGCUCAACGUAUUCCUUAAAACUGGGUUUGUUACCUCACCUCAUUAAGGUGGUUAGCAUUGGUUCCUUUGCUUGCUGUUUUAGAUGUAAAAUCUUAUUCAUGGGGUUGCUCAUACACUAGAGUGGUAGCCAUUCUGCUUUACCAAAAAUGUAUUAAUGACACUGGGAUACAUACAGAUGUAACAGUAAUAGCACUGCUUUGCUCUUCCAGUCACAAUUGCACUGAAGUUUUGACCAGGUUCUUACGCACAGUGCCUACAGCAUGGCAGAAUGCAUUUUUCAGUUCUGUACACUACGGGACUAGUAAACCGAGUUUUAUCUGUUACUUGCAAUGUUGCACUUGAUACAAAAAUAAAAAGUUGUCAUGCAUUUCUGGCUUCCCUAAACUCUUGAGCAAUUGAAAAAAAAAAAAAAAAAGGGAGCUCUGAAGCAGUCCAAGGUA